UAUAGACAUUUUGGAAUGUCAUGAAAAAAUAUAAACUUUUGUCUGCUAUUACCUUAAAGUCGAAUAAUAUCGACGGGCUCACUAAAUAAUCGAAGGCAACAUUGUUGUCUUAUCGCCAUAAAUAUUUACCAUGCUUUUUUCUAGCUUAGAUGUGCAAUGUUUGAAAGUCAAAGGUUUAAAUAAAUAACAUAAAAGUUAAGAGAUUUGUGCAGAUAUAUUCAUACAUAUCUGUUUGUAGUGAAGGUUUCUAUCAAAAUGUCGAACCAGUGCACAGAUGAUGACAUUGUCGUGGAAGAGAUUCCGGUUUUCCUAUCUAAAAAUCUUCAGGAGAACUUGUAUCUUUUCCAAUAUCCGACUAAAACCCAAAUAAGCAACUUUGAUAAUUCAAACGUGAUAAAUUGCUGUGUAAAGCCUUUGAACCAAGAAGUAAAAGUUGAUUUUGCAUUAAAUACAGAAUCGAAUUUUUAUGAUCGCUUCAAAGGAGAGAAAUUCGCUUUGGCUUCUGAUGGUAAAACUCAAGCUAAAGGUGAACGCCCCACAUAUAAGCGUGGUAUUAUGGACAAGCAGGCUUUUAUCAGCACUCGCUCAUUGGACGAUGUAGAUAAAUAUGUAGUCGGUAUUUUCUCUGACAAGGAGCUUCAUUUGACGCCGUUGGCAAAUAUAUUACAGUUACGACCAUCUUUAUCUCAUUUCGACAAGGAGGAUAAACGUAUAAAAGCAGAAGAGAAGGCACUCAAUGAUGAAGACGACGAAGAAGAGCUGCAGCAAGUGACUGUAAAGUUUGCAAAAGCUGGAGUUGGCAACAAAAAAUUGAAAACAAAGGAAAAGCAGGGAUAUGCGAAUUUUAUAAAACGGAGUAAUGAAGAAUCCUGGUGUGAGACAUAUUGGCAUCCCCGAAAAUCACCCACCGCAGAACUUGAGAGACAGAAGUUAUUUGCUACAAACCAACAAUUAAAUUUAGCAUUAGAAUUGGAUUCACACAAAUAUGUUAGAAAACUACUGCCUGACGAUGGCAAGGAUCAGGGAAUAGAUGCGGUGCUACCACCCAAGGUUAUAAGCAAAGCUCGUUUGAAGUCAAUGUCUCUGGUAGAUCAACUUAAAGUAGUUCUAAAAGAUGCACGAAUGCUAACCUUUGAGGAUAUAUUUUCAAUACUACAAGAAUGCAAUGAUUCGAGCAUAUCAAGUGAAAAAGUUCUUCGAGCUUUACCCCAAGUUGGGGUCCUCAUUCAUGGAAAUUGGGUUCCCCAGUCUGAUAUCAUUUAUCCUGCUGAUAUGUUGUCCAACUCCAAUGGAGUCUCUUCUGAAUUAAUGAUACGUGCCCGAGACUACGUGCUUUUCAGAUUUUCCCGAGUAAAAUAUUUAUAUCGGAGGCAAGUCAUUACGGCUACACAGCUGCCUCCUGACGAAGCUGCUGAGGUUCUGCAUUCUGUCGCUCGUUUGAAUUCUGAAAAAAAAUGGGAAUUGUUACUCACACCCAACAAAGAGUUUGAGCAAAGAUAUCCCGAGCUUUUACAAAGACAAGAAAUGGUUUGGAGAGCAACAGAACAAACUUAUAAUGAGAUGGACUUUGAAAAAUCGCCAAAACGUUCUCGAAAACGAUCGAUUCGUGAAAGCAGACUUCAGCCCGCACAAUCUCCUCAAAGAGAGUCCUCUUGAGGAUGCGUUUUCCUCUAAUAUUCACAUACGUUGUUCACGUACGUACAUAAGAACUAUAUAAUUCAACUACAAAAACAAAUAUACAUAGUGUACAUGCUAAUAUGCAUGAAU